GUCGAGAUUCGAGAUAAACGUCAGCCUGGGAAUCAGGGCAUAACUCAAGCACAACUACAAGUUUAUGCUUCUCGGUCUCCUGAUUAGACCCCCUUUCAAACCUCGAGCAGUGAUUCACCCUUACGACGCCUGAGCUGGCACCCAGCACCAUUGCCACUAUGAACUUCAAUCUGGAAGAUCUCGAAGGCCCCAUUAUGCGCAUCCUCACUGCUCCAGGUGUUGAUUUGAGCACUAUCAGUGCGAAAGGAGUUCGACAGAAGUUGCUGGAGGACACCGAGUUAGGCCUGACCGCUCGAGGACUGAAGGAACGGAGGACAGAGGUGGACACUAUGAUAUCGAGUAUCUAUGAGGGUGUUAGUCGGCAGGUGCAAACAGACGAAUCGAAGAGGAAACGCGGGGAGAUAGAAGAAGGCACGGAACAAGAAGAUCAAGAGGAGGCUACGGAGGAGCGGGACGACCAAGAUGAUGAUGCGGAGGAGCAGGACGCGGAAGCAUCGGAAGAGGAUGAUAUCAAACCACCAACGAAGAAAAAGAAGGGCGCUGCGAAAAGCGUCGAGGAGGCCGAUGCUGAGUUGGCCAGGAAACUUGCAUCAGAACUCAACUCCCGGUCACGGCGUGGCACAUCAAACGGCGCAUCUGCUACGCCCAAGAAGCGUAAGACGAAGAAGAGUGCAGCCUUGGUUGAUUCUGAUGCAGAGGACGAGGGUGAAGAUGAGAAGCCAAAGAAGAAACGCAGUGGAGGUGCAAGAGGAGGCUUCGCGAAGGAAUAUAUCCUGAGCGAAUCUCUGUCAGUGGUUGUUGGCGUGGACAAGCUCUCGCGCCCCCAAGUCGUGAAGAGACUAUGGGAGUACAUUCGUGGCCAUGAACUUCAAAACCCCUCCAACAGGCGUGAGAUCAUGUGCGACGAUAACAUGCGGGCUGUCUUCGGUACUGAAAAGGUCGACAUGUUCCGGAUGAACAAAGUUCUCGGACGGCAUUUACAUGCCCAGUGACAACGCUGGGGAGAGGCAUACCAAGCCGACGUGUCGUUAGUUCUACUGUUACCAGUAUCUCCGGCACGCAUAAUUUAUGAUUUGCGGUUAGCCUUGUGUGUUCGCACUAUUACACCUAGCCUACGCAACGAAUUC